AUGCUGCCUCUGCGAUGCAGUUGGUCCUGGUGCCGGGCCAACUAUAGCACCAAGGCCAGAAAGGAACUGGUGACUCGCUACAGCGCCGAGUUCCCCGAGAAACUGCUCAACCGGAAGCGAAAGGUUCCCACGCACAUGUACAUUGCAAAUUCGGAGGCUGCUGCAAGGAUAAGCCAGUACCUGGAGCCCCAUUUCCAGAGCUCCGGUUGCGAUACCGUGAUGGAACUCAAUUCCGGUGCUGGGUACUUCACCCGGCAUCUGUUGGACAGAGAAUCCCAGUUUCGACGCAUCAUUCUGCUUGAGAGCAUGGAUCACUUUAUGCCCAAAAUCCAGGAGCUACACACGCUAUAUCCGGAACGCGUGAAGGUGCGCCAAGGAGACUUUGUGAACCUGUGGAAGUUGGUGUACAUGGACAAAAUGGACGGUGGCUCCAGGGUGGCGGAUCUUCUGAGUGAUGUGCCCCAGAAAGCGUUUACAGAUGAUAUCAACAUGCUAGUCUUCGGCGCCGUGGGCUCCUACCCAUUCUUCAAGCACUUGAUCAACUCUCUCAUAUUUCAGACCAGCCUUUUCAACCUUGGACGCUGUGAGAUGAUCCUGGCCAUGCCGCCACCCAUAUACAUACAUCUCACCUGCAACAACGAGAUUGGCUACCUCAUUUACCGAUCGACCAGCGUACUGUUCCAAAUUCUGUUUGAGCACAAGUUCAUUGCCAAGGUGCCGCGGGAGGAUUUUCUACCUCAGCAGACGGCCUAUAGCCCCACCAAGAGUAGCAAGUUGGGUAAGGUGCAGUCCAUCAAUCCGGAGUACUUAUACUUGGUGAAAUUCACUCCGCGCCGCAAUCUUCAUGAGCUGUGCCAGUCUCAGGAUCUACCCGCUCUCUGGUUCUUCAUUAAGCAGAACUAUGUGAGCCGACGAAACAGAAUAAUACCCAAUUUAGAAAAGUGGGUUCCCGGUUGUGGACCUCGGCUUAUCAUCAAUCCGCAGUCCCCCGAGUCCGUGACACCCAUCUAUCCAGAUGAAUUGCCCAAGAAACUGCCACAGUACUCGUGCCGCAGUACUACAAUGAGCACCAGAAACUACUAUCCCGGCAUCAACAUCUACACACAGUUCGGAGAUCUCCUGCCCAGUCAGAUGCUGACGCUAUUUAGUCAGUUUCGUCAGUGGCCGGAGUACGGCGAGAGCUCUUUCCUCGCCUCGCUGGAAAAUGCGCUGCUCAAGCUGGAGACAGCCAAUGACGAACAAAACCUAGAGGAUGGCGUCACGUUGCCAGAAGAGGAUGAUGCCGAAGCAGAUGAAAUUAUGGAAGAAGGAAGCCCUGAAACCGCCACCACUCCCGCCAAGAGGCGCAGGAAAGCCAGUUCCUAGUUGUACAUAAUAUCCUUUCGCUUUUGCAGGAAAAAUAAAGAAUUGCUUUCAUUUUGAGAAAUGGUAUGUAAUCAUA